UAACCCGGAAGCUUUCUCCCGGUGCAGCGAAUUGAUGUUUUGCUUCUGCUACAAUUGAUGUGAAAGGGUGAGGCUGGUGAGGGCUGGAGGGACGCUCUAUUUUUAGUAUGGCUGCUCCUAGUAGCCCACUGACAUGAUGCUACAGCUUCACUGAAAGGCCAGGUGCAUCAUGGGAAACAAAGCCAUCCUAGAAGAUGUAUUUGUUGCUGUGAUUCGCCCCAAGAAUGCUGCCAGCCUUAACUCAAAGGAAUAUAGAGCCAAGGCAUAUGAAAUUCUUCUUUUGGAAAUACCUUUAGAAGGAAAAGAGAAAAAAAGAAAAAAAGUUUUAUUGACAACCAAAGUUCAAGGGGAUUCGGAUUUCUUCAAAGUUAUUUUGGAAUAUGUUGAUGAGAUGACCAGACCCAUAUCGACAAACAAUCAGGGUUUCAAAGGCAAACGUGUGGUUCACAUGAAAAACUUCUCCCUGGAUGGAGAAGUUGCUGGAAAAGAGGUCCCACUGUUCAUUGUGCCUGUUACAGUCAAAGAUAACAGCAAGACGGUGUUUUGUCCCGGAAGUCCUAGUUUCUACUGUUUGCAAGACAUUAUGAGAGUCUGCAGUGAAACAAGCACUCAUUUUUCUACUAUUACUGCCAGAAUGUUAAUUGCUCUAGACAAGUGGUUAGCAGAGCAGCAUGCUGUAUCUCAUGCCAUACCAGCACUCUUCAGACCAUCACCUGCUGAAAGAAUCAAAACAAAUGUAACAAAUCCGGCAUAUACCAAUGAAACGAGUCAAUCGGAGGGCAUACUGCACAUGGGAUAUACUGCUCUAGAGAUCAAGAGUAAGAUGAUGUCUUUGGAGAAAGCAGACAUGUGCGUAUUCAACCCCCUCUAUGGAUCUGAUCUCCAGUACACUAAUAGAGUGGACAAGGUUGUUAUAAAUCCAUAUUUUGGUCUUGGUGCCCCUGACUAUUCAAAGAUUCAAAUUCCAAAAAGGGAGAAAUGGCAGCGCAGCAUGAGCAGUGUUAGUGAAGACAAAGAACGCCAGUGGGUGGAUGAUUUCCCGCUGCAUCGCAGUGCCUGUGAAGGUGAUGUUGAACUACUCACAAAGCUUCUGGACAGUAACGUUUCUGUAAAUCAGCUGGACAGUGAUCACUGGGCUCCUAUUCAUUAUGCAUGUUGGUAUGGAAAGGCAGAGGCAACCCGACUAUUACUGGACAAGGGCAAGUGUAAUCCAAACCUCUUGAAUGGACAGUUAAGUUCGCCACUUCAUUUUGCUGCUCGGGGAGGGCACUCUGAAAUUGUACAGCUACUUUUACAACAUCCUGAAACUGACAGACAUAUUACUGAUCAGCAAGGAAGAUCGCCUUUGCAGCUCUGUGAAGAGAGUAAACAAAAUGAUUGGGAGGCAACAGUCCUGUUACUGCAACAAGCCAAUAAUAAACCAUAUGAAAAGAUAAGAAUAUACCGCAUGGAUGGCUCCUACCGUUCAGUAGAACUAAAGCAUGGUAACAAUACAACUGUGCAACAGAUAAUGGAAGGCAUGCGGUUAUCUCAGGAGACACAGCAGUACUUCACCAUUUGGAUCUGCUCAGAAAACCUCAGUCUUCAGCUAAAACCAUAUCACAAACCCCUGCAGCAUUUGCGGGACUGGCCAGAAAUAGUAUCUGAGCUCACGGCUUUUGACCCCCAACGUGAAACUCCACAGCUGUUUCUACGAAGAGAUGUGAGACUGCCACUGGAUGUUGAAAAAAAGGUGGAGGAUCCUCUUUCAAUUCUCAUCUUGUUUGAUGAAGCUCGACACAGCCUUCUGAAAGGCUUCUUUCCAUCACCGGAUAGCAAACUUAUAACACUGGCCAGCCUUUUGUUACAGAUCGUGUAUGGCAAUUAUGAAAGCAAAAAGCACAAGCAAGGAUUCCUAAAUGAAGAAAAUCUGAAAUCUAUUGUUCCAAUCACCAAGCUCAAAAGCAAAGCACCACACUGGACUAAUAGAAUCCUUCAUGAAUAUAAGAGCCUUAGUACCAGUGAGGGAGUUAGUAAGGAGAUGCAUCAUUUACAGCGACUAUUUCUUCAAAACUGCUGGGAUAUUCCAACAUAUGGGGCUGCCUUUUUCACAGGGCAAGUGUUUACAAAAGCUAGCUCUAGCAAUCACAAAGUAAUAAGAGUUUAUGUGGGAGUCAAUACUAAGGGACUGCAUCUCAUGAACACAGAAACCAAGGCAUUGCUCAUUUCUCUUAAGUAUGGGUCUUUCAUGUGGCAGCUGGGAGAAGCAGAUCACUAUUUUCAAAUUCACAGCUUGGAAAACAAGAUGAGCUUUAUAGUCCAUACCAAACAGGCUGGACUUAUUGUAAAGCUCCUGAUGAAGCUAAGUGGACAAAUGACUCCAAAUGAAAGAAGUAUCACAGAAAAAUACGCAUAUGGAUAACGUGCAUCUUCGUUUUACUGAUUGUACAGUUUUUAAUUACUGUGUUUUUUAUUUGCUUUUAUUCAUGAUGUAAAUAGUGCAAAGAGUUGAAUUUAAUCUAAAUCCAUUUCUCUCAGUUACCAUUCAUACAGAUCCAAAUAGUUCAUCUGCUCACCGCUCAUGUCCUCCUCUUUUGAAUCGCUGUCACAUCAGAAUGGCUCUUGAGGUCUCUUUGUGCACCAACCAAAAAAGAAACCAGAAUGUACUUUUUUUUUUUUUUUUAAAUUUCACAACUGCCAAAGAAGAAAGUAUGCCAGCUUCAAAGUAUAUAGAAAGCAGUUCAAUAGCCUUUUUUCCACGACUAUCAAACUGUACCAGGCUGCAUUGCUGACAAGAUACUGCAUACACAAGUGUGUACUUUUGUAUAAAGUCAACUGCAAAUAUUUUGGAUCGUCAACAUAAAUUCUGUGCACAUUGUUCUUUUAUAGCACCGUGCUCUCCAUAUGCACUAUAUGGCCAAAAGUACGUGGACCCCCUCCAACUGAUUGAGUUUGGGUGUUUCAGCCCCACUCAUUCGUAAUCUGUGCAUAAAAUUAAGAGCAUGGCCAUGCCAUCUCCAUUGACAAACACCAACAGUAGACCGAAGAGCCCUUUAAAUGUGGCACUGUCAUAGGAUGCCAUUUUGUGAAAUGUCUGCUCUGCAAGAUCUGUCCUGGUCAGCUGUAUUAAUGUGAAGUGGAAGCCUCUAGAAGCAACACCAGCUCACCUACAGAGUGGGGCGGCUGAUUGCUCGCUAGGUCUUCACAUCCAACAUCAGCACCUCACCUCACAAGUGUUCUUUUGGCUGAAAUGUCCACAAACCCACCCAAACAUUUUGUGGAAAGCAUUCCCAGAAAAGUAGAGGCUGUUAUAGCUGCAAAUGGGAGGCCAACUCCACAUCAGUGCCACUAGUUUUGGAAUGGCACACCCAACAAGCUCACAUAGGUGUGUGAUGGUCUGUGGGCCCGAAACUUCUGGCCAUAUAGUGUACCUGUAAAUAUAAAUGUUAGCUAUAUAUUUAUAAAUAAACUGUAACUGUAUUUUCA